GGGCGGGGGCGGGGCGGGCAGCGAGAUUAGACGGCCGCUGGACGAACCGCGGUCCAGGUCCCCCCACUAUCGGACUGCAGCCCACACCGCUCCCAGGCGAAGCGCCUGCACCAUCGAUGUAGACCCAGCGCGAUGACUCAGUAGGACGCUGCAGACCCAGGCAGGGCUCCUGGCUGCCGAGGAUGAACGGGGACGAGGAGUUCUUCGACGCCGUCACAGGCUCCGACUUCGAGAACUCUUCUGGGGACUUCUCCGAGGCAAGUCAGAAGGCCCCUGGGGCGCUCCGCGUGGACCCCAGCAAAAGUAACGGCCUUGGGAAAGUCGGAGAGAGGCCCCCUCAGGAGAAUGGGGUGCAAAAGCACAGGACGGCCCUGCCGGCCCCGAUGUUCACCAGGAGCGACUUCAGCAUCUGGGGGAUCCUGAAGAAGUGUGUCGGCCUGGAGCUGUCCAAGAUCACGAUGCCCAUCGCCUUCAACGAGCCCCUGAGCUUCCUGCAGCGCAUCACGGAGUACAUGGAGCACGUCUACCUCGUCCGCAGAGCCUCCCUCCAGCCCCAGGCCCUGGAGCGCAUGCAGUGCGUGGCGGCCUUCGCGGUGUCAGCUGUGGCCUCCCAGUGGGAGAGGACCGGCAAGCCCUUCAACCCGCUGCUGGGAGAGACCUACGAGCUGACCAGGGAAGACUUGGGGUUCAGGUUCAUAUCCGAGCAGGUCAGCCACCACCCCCCCAUUAGUGCGUUUCACUCUGAAGGCCUCUGUCAGGACUUCCUGUUCCACGGCUCCAUCUACCCGAAGCUCAAGUUCUGGGGGAAGAGUGUGGAGGCGGAGCCCCGGGGCACAAUCACGCUGGAACUUCUCAGGCACAGUGAGGCCUACACCUGGACCAACCCGACCUGCUGUGUGCACAACGUGAUCAUCGGGAAGCUGUGGAUCGAGCAGUACGGCACCGUGGAGAUCCUGAACCACAGGACUGGAGACAAGUGUGUGCUUCACUUCCGGCCGUGCGGGUUGUUUGGAAAAGAGCUUCACAAAGUGGAAGGACACAUUCAAGACAAAAACAAAAAGAAGCUGUUCAUCAUCUACGGCAAGUGGACGGAGUGCCUGUGGGGCAUAGAGCCCACGGCGUACGAGUCCUUUCGGAAGCAGGAGCGCAGGGGCGAGUCCCCGAGGAAGGCACAGCUGGAGAAAGCGGAUGCUGACAUGGCAGAGGCCGUGCCCGAGGCCCAGGACACUGUGCAGGUCAUUCCAGGCAGCAGGCUACUCUGGAGGAUCAACACCCGGCCUCCCAACUCUGCCCAGAUGUAUAACUUCACCAGUUUCACCGUGAGCCUCAACGAGCUGCCGGCGGGCAUGGAGAAAGUCCUGGCCCCCACAGACUGCCGCCUGCGCCCUGACAUCCGAAGCAUGGAGAACGGCAACAUGGACCUGGCGAGCCAGGAGAAGGAGCGGCUGGAGGAGAAGCAGAGGGCGGCCCGCAGGGAGCGCGCCAAGGACGAGGUCGAGUGGCAGACCAGGUGGUUUCACCAGGGCAGGAACCCGCACACUGGCGCCCCCGACUGGCUGUAUUCAGGGGGCUACUUUGAGCGCGAUUUCACAGGCUGCCCGGACAUCUACUGAGGUCCGGACGGCCCCGGGGCCCGGACACCCGCCAGGCUGGACCAAGUGGCUCCUCUGUCACGGCAGAAUCAGCCUUUCUAAGGACCGUGUUCACAGAGAAAGUGCCAUCCCUGGCUGAGGACUUAUCCUAAUUAACUUUUGAUUGCCAAUCAUUUACUACUGUUGCAGUCUCUUCAUAAAGCUUCCCGUGGGAUCAUCAUGUUCUCAGUAAGGGUUGAGAAGAAACAUUCUUUCAUUCUCUUUCACGUGAGGUCAGCAGGGCGUGCGCGGCCAACAGCAGCCUUGAUGACGCUGUAGCUAAGGAAGGAGCAGGAAGGGGACCCUGUCCCCCAGAGCGCAGUGUCGCGGAGCGUCCGAAAGUAGUUUACAUUGGAGCCCAGGACAGGAAAAGGUGGAUCUAGACAGCCCUGCGGAGAGCGCUGUGCGGCCGGGAACCACCGUCUGUGUCGGCCACAGAAGCCGCGCGGCCAGAGCAUCGGGCUGGGCGGAAUGAGGCAUCGUCAGAUUCUGUAUUUUUUUGCCAAUUAUCAGUGAUGUAAAAUGACUUUUAAAUAUUUAAGUUAAAACUGCUUGACUAGGAUUUGCUGAAGAUCAAGACGUGUUAUUCACCAGCUGCACAUGUGCACAGGAAGCAUUGCCAUGGCAACCAGAAGCACUCGCGUUGUUGACCAAGUCCCCAGGUGGCGCCCGGCCUGAAGGGAGCCCGCCCUGGCCCUGUCAGUCGUCACCAGGGCCAGGCCGGCCGCGCAGGGGCGCUAGAGCUGUGCCGGUGCCGCAGCUCGUGUCCUUGCUUUCCCAGCAUGCACCUGUGAGACACGGGUCACCUGGUGUGCAUGGGUCAGGGCGGAGGCUUUCUCCAGGGGAACUGGGUAGUUGACAGAACACAGUGUAUGUCCAUCGCAGCACACGUCCUUACCGGGUGACGUCUUCUUCCUGUAGAAACAUCGACGCGUAGAUCAUGGUCCCACUCUCUGAAUGGAAGACAAUCUGCGUGUGGGCAUGCACGCACACACGUGUGCACACGUGUGCACACAGACACAGAUGCACAUGCAGUUGUAUGGAGUGGCGGGUUCCCUCUGAGAGGGUAUCAUCAUUGUGUGUCCAGGCUUCAAAAUCACGUUUGUAAUUAAAACACUUUUGAAAGCGGAGACUCGCUCUGAAGACUUGAUUUCGGGGCCUGGCAGCCGGAGCCCUCUGUGGCGG